AUGAGCAUUUCUAGUAUUUUAAACAUUACAUCUGAUAGAAAUGACAAUGGAAGUAACACCAACAUAAGUAAUGUUAGUAAUAUUAGUAGUAACGACAAUCUUAGUUAUGGUAAUGGCAACCUUGGCAAUACCGAGAUCUAUAGUAGUGCUAUUGUUGAUAGUAGUGAAAAUAGUAGUAGCAACAAUGAAUUGGUGUUUUCAGAUGAUGAUCCAGAAUAUUUAAUGGAGAUUGAUGCAUUAAUCAGACCAAUAAUCCAUUAA